GCCACCGACUACCGAUAGCGCAGCGCGCGAUUCUACUUUAUUCUCUGUAUUAAAUAAUAAAAUUCACACUUGCAAGAACGUACGUACAUACGAAUAGGGAUAGCGGGUGCAACAGCCAACGGUUGGCUACGCUGUUUUAAGCUUCCAUUAACAAGCGAUUAUAUUUAGAGUAAAUACGACAAUUCUCAAACCAGACAAUAAAAAAUCACAAUGUAAUAAGACGCGGCGAAUGAGUAUAAGAGCAGUAGCGUUUAUUUGAUGCAACAAUCGGCUCGGCAGCCAAGUGAAAUCGAGCGGCGGGAGCAGGUCAGACGACGCACAUUUAGACGGUACGCGCACAUCACAUCAAAGUUCAAAAGCAAAACGACGCGUGAUCAGAACGGAACUGUGCGGAUUAACCAAAGGCGAUUGGUCCAAAAGAAACAAAAACCAAAAUUUUGAUUUCAAGAUAUCAUUUCACAUUAGUAUAUGCAUACAUACAUACAUACAUAAAUACAUAUGCAUGAGCGAUAAAUGCUUAAAAAGUGCAAAAGUUGAAAUUUAGUGCGUAAUAAAAAGCCACUGGAAAACAUUUUCCAACAAUAAACAAUUGCUAAUCAUAUACAAAUUAUUGUUAUUAAAAAAUUACUAGUAUUAUAAGAACUAUUAAAUUGCUUCGAAAAAAAUGACGACCUUCGACAAGGGCGAUAAUGGUGCAAAGGCGCAAAUGUUGCCGCAAGAUGCCACAAAAAUUAUUAUGGAAUCGGCGAAACCUUUCACAAGCGAUGCGCUGCGACGCAGUUCAACGCCACACACAGCCGUUGGAAAGGUGAAAAAGGCGCUGAGAAGUCGCCUGGAAAUACUCAAUUGGAUCUGCGAUUACAACACCGAAUGGGCCAUGAGCGAUUUAAUUGCUGGCAUAACCCUUGGCUUGACCAUAAUACCGGAGAGUAUUGCGUGCGCCCUACUUGCCGGACUACCCGCGCGCUAUGGCCUCUGCUCGGCCUUUCUGGGCUCUUUUGUGUAUUUGAUAUUCGGUUCGAUUAACAAAGUAAUCAUCGGUCCCACCAGUCUAGUCGCCCUGGUCAGCUUGCAGUUCACUGUGGGCAAACCAAUUGAAUUUGCCAUACUCCUCACCUUCCUGACGGGCGUUGUUGAUUUGAUAAUGGGAAUAUUGCGCGUGGGUGUUAUAUUCGAGUUCCUCUCGGUGCCAAUAAUUAAGGCUUUCUCCUCCGCCACCGCUAUACUUGUCAUCGAAUCUCAGAUAAAAGUAAUGUUGGGCGUAAAGUACCUCGUGUCUGGCUUUAUUGGUUCUGUUGCUGCGCUGGUGCCACGGCUGCACGAAACUAAUUUCGGUGAUCUUGGAAUGGGUUUGUUUGCUGUUUUCUUUCUGAUCGGACUUGCGCAAUUGGAAAAAUUGGCUGAAAAUCCAAAGAUGAAUCCAAUAGUGCGAACCAUCUUUCGUUAUCUAUCCUUCUCGCGCAAUACGCUAAUAGUCAUAGUCACCGGCACUAUUUCCUGCAUUUGGCUUAGCCAAGAACACUCCGCACCUUUUACGCUGAGCAAGAAUGCGCUCGCCGGUCUACCCAACUUUACAAUUCCAGAUUUUUCAGUAGAAACACCAAAAAAAACUUACACAUUUGUCGAAAUGUUAGCGGAAUUGAAUGUUGGCAUUGUUGUUAUACCCAUCAUUGGAAUACUUACGAAUAUCUCGAUUGGUAAACUGACUCCCAAAGGCAUGGUUGAUGCUAAUAAGGAAUUGAUUACUGUCGGUCUAUGCAAUCUCGCCGGUUCCUGCGUGCAAUCCAUGCCUGUGUCAGGCGCCUUUUCACGUUAUGCCAUCAGCAAUGCUUGCGGUCUCAAAACUCCAAUGGCCAAUUUGUAUCUAGGAGUCAUUGUUUUACUGGCGCUGGGCUUUCUGAGUCCCUACUUCAACUACAUACCCGAAUCCACGCUAGCCGCCAUUUUGAUGUGCUCCAUUGUAACUCUAUUGGACUUCCAGCUGCCGCGUCGUUUAUGGCGCGAUGCCAAACGCGAUUUCUGCAUUUGGGUGUUAUGCUUCACUGUGUGUAUACUUUGUGGCGUCGAGGUGGGAUUGCUGGUCAGCAUUAUAGUGACUGUAUUGCAUUUGCUGUUUCUAUGGGCACAUCCCGGCAUCUCAGUACAUGUGGAAGAGAUAAAUGAGUUUCAAUUCAUACGUGUCACACCCACUGGCGUCAUCUAUUUCCCCGCCAUCAAUCAUUUGCGUUCCAAAGUGCUGAAGGCGUGCGAACGGGUGAAUUUUAGUCUACCUGUAGUUAUGGAUUGCCACAAGAUCACAGGCCUCGAUUUCACUGCAGCGCAAGGCAUUUCAAAACUACCAGAUGAUCUGUGUCAAUCGGAAACGAAUAAUGGGCCCCUCUUGAUUAUACACCGACUCGGUGCGGACAAACAGAAGCUAAUUCAAACCACUGCCAAAUUGAUCUUUUGUGAUGAUGAGGAGAAAUUGAAUGAAUGCAUAACUCAAGAAUCAGUGAAGAAUGGAAAUAUGCCACUAAAAGAGCAAGUGAUAUCCACAAAUGGGAUACUUGGCGAAACCCAAUUAAAUUUGCAUUAUUAGAGCAUAGCAGAAGGGGGAGAGACGCACUGCAAGUCAGUCUAUGUGAUAUGUACGAAAAUAAAAUAAGUAAUAAUUGGGACAGACAAACACUUGCACACCUACACUCAUACAUACAUACAUAAAUGUAUACCGAUAUAUAUAUAUAUGCAUAUAUGUGUGUGUGUGUGAAUAUGAAUGAACGCUUAGCAUGUCCGAGUAAUAGCCAGUAAGUGUUAGCUAGUUACUAUGUACACAUAUAAUGGAUCAUUGUUGUUAUCGACGCCGUAGCCAGAGAGUAUUGGAAUGUUUGUGCGCGCAUUGUGCAAAUAUUCACUUAGUUAUAAUUUCAAUUUAACAAUAGUAAAUUUCUAAUGUAAAUAAAUAUGCAUAUGAAUAUAGGUAUGUAGAAAGUAUUAAGGAAUAUGAAUGAAAUAAAUUAAUACAAUUGU